GACGGCGAUGCGGCGGCCGCGCUGAGCUCGCCCGCUCCAGGCGCCGGGGCAACCGGCCCCGCGAGGCGACAGCAUGCGGGGCGGCGAGGAGCUGGACGGCUUCGAGGGCGAGGCCUCGAGCACCUCCAUGAUCUCGGGCGCCAGCAGCCCGUACCAGCCCACCACCGAGCCGGUGAGCCAGCGCCGCGGGCUGGCCGGCCUGCGCUGCGACCCGGACUACCUGCGCGGCGCGCUCGGCCGCCUCAAGGUCGCCCAAGUGAUUCUGGCCCUAAUUGCAUUUAUCUGCAUCGAGACCAUCAUGGAGUGCUCCCCGUGCGAAGGCCUCUACUUUUUUGAGUUUGUAAGCUGCAGUGCAUUUGUGGUGACUGGGGUCUUGUUGAUUCUCUUCAGCCUCAGCCUUCAUAUGAGGGUCCCCCAGAUCAACUGGAAUCUGACAGAUUUGGUCAACACUGGACUCAGCACUUUCUUUUUCUUUAUUGCCUCAAUUGUAUUGGCUGCUUUAAACCACAAAACCGGAGCGGAAAUUGCUGCCGUGAUAUUUGGCUUCUUGGCAACAGCAGCCUAUGCAGUGAGCACGUUCCUGGCUGUGCAGAAAUGGAGAGUCAGCCUCCGUCAGCAGAGCGCCAACGACUACAUCCGAGCUCGCACUGAAUCCAGAGAUGUGGACAGCCGCCCUGAGAUCCAGCGCCUGGACACAUGAGAACCCCCAGCGUCCUCCUACUGCCCUCACGCCCAUUCUCCUAAUCAAGUUUUUUUCCUCUCAGCACGUCAGAUUUUUGUGUGAUCCAGUUGAAUUUUGUCCUGUUUGGUAAAAAUUCACUUUGGGAAAGGUUGCCUAGAGUGUCCCAGUGACUGAUCUGUGGUGGGCUGAGGAGGCCCAGGUCCCCCGGCAUGGGGCACCCAUGGGAGCAGCCAACUUCACUGACUGCUCCAGGUCUUAACUGUCUGUCUCAGACCACAUGGUCUCACCCGACUCUGAGCCCCAGCCUGUCAUGUGUAUUUGUGAUGAAUCAAAACCUUAUUAAAUGGCAUUGAGAAGGGAACUAUAUGUCACACAACAGAGGUCCAGGGAUGGAACAGCCAGUGAGGU